UGCAGCCUGAGAGGCAAUCGAUUCGAAAGAGAACUGGUUUAGUCUUCAUUAUGUCUUUACAAAUCAUAUUAAUAGCUUUGACAUGUGCAGCAAUGAUUGUGUUGAGUGAGGAGUAUUCAGUCACUAAGUCACCAGAGCUUACAAGCAAGAUAGAAGGACGAGAACAGGAAUUUAUUAAAGAUGGCAAUCCUUGUUACAAAGAAUAUCUGAACUAUUGUCUUAAUGGUCAAUGUUUGUUUCAUGCUGAUCUCACCACUCCUCUCUGCAGAUGUGACUCCAGUUUUACAGGAGAAAGGUGUGAACACAUGACUUUACCAGCGUACUCACAUGAUGAAGAAGCUGUAUAUAUUGCGAUUGGAAUAGGUGUUGGGUUGCUGAUAAGUGGAGCGAUUUUCUUUAUAUGGUAUUACUGGAAGAAAAGGUGCAAAAAACCAGUGUAUGAAACCUGUGAGAAAACAGAUGCAAUAUAAAUAUAGGACUUAUUUAUUGUUUCCUGCAAAAACCCAGCAAGAACAAUAGUUAGAAGAUUAUUGGUCAUGGCAUGGUUUUCUUGAUGGUGCCAAAAUAAUGGGACAUUCUACAGAUUUUGUUGUUGUUCUUUUCAUAUAUUGAUAUUCUGGACAGUGCUUCAAUGCUGCUGAACAAAAUGCAUUUACUGCAUACAUUUGGCACGGACUCCAGACAGCAGCAUUUCAGGUCCACAUUAACCUUUUUUUAUAUAUAUAUAUAAAAAAGAAUAAGCUAGGGGCAGUCUGUAUUAUGACCGGUGACUUUUCAUUUUCCUUUAUGUUAACUGUACACUGUGAAAGUAAAGAAUUUUCAGAAUCCUGUGAUGGGAAUGAAGCCUGAAGAUAUCAUCCUUCCUUUUGGCAUAUACACUGAAUGUUUAGAUUUGGAAAGCUUUCUUGACAUAAUAACUACUACACUGAUUUAACUGUGUCAUAAAACACUGUUAGAUGUACACUAACACUAACUAACACUAAACAUUCAGACAUGAUUUAGAUGUUAUAUAGGUUUUGUGGGGUGACAAUCUCCCCGAACUGCCUGCCUUCUGCCUGCUAUAAUGAGAAAAUGGCAGCGCCAAUGCACUCGCGUCGCUUCGAUUUCCGAAGUCGCCCGAAGUUGCCUCACAAGGAAAUCGAAGUGCCGCGAGUGCAUAAGCCCGUGUUCUCCUUCAAGUAUACUUGAAAUAUAUCUAAAUCUAAUUAUUUAUAUUUUUUUUCUCUGGGGUGUAUAUGUUUUUUGCUGCUCAUGUAAUUGUGCUCACUUGAUAAUAAAAGCCUGUGAAGCUUUA